UGCCCAAUUUUGUAAUAGUCUUAUGGUACACUGUCAUACAUUGUAAUGGAAGUUAUCUUCAAAUGCUGUCUGUUUUUACCGAGAAGUCUGUCUUCUCUGGUAUGUCUUACAUAUGGAGUCUAGCCAGAAGCCCGUCUCCUGUAAUCAUUUGGUCUCUAGUCUUGUAUGGCGUGUAUGCCCUGGCUAUGAUGAAAUUAUUACCUGGCCAGACAGUCUUUGGACCUGUAACACCGAAAGGGAAUGUUCCAGUCUAUAAAGACAAUGGCUUCCUAUUUUUUGUUCUAACCAUGAUAUUGUUUUGGACAUUGACUCUACUCCUGCAUCCUUUUGGAAUCUCACCAUCAAUGUAUUACGACAAAUUUGAUGAGAUGAUUGUUGCCUUAAAUGUCUGCAGUUUACUUUUCUGUUUCGCUCUGUACCUCAAAGGAAAACUGGCCCCAUCGUCUACUGACUCUGGAUCAUCAGGGAACAUAAUAUUUGAUUACUACUGGGGCAUGGAACUUUAUCCUCGAAUUUAUGGUUUUGACGUGAAAGUUUUCACCAACUGUAGAUUUGGCUUGAUGUUUUGGGCUUUGAUGGUUUGUAUUCACGCCGUGAAAAGUUAUGAACUUCAUGGGUUUGUUGACUCAAUGUUUGUUUCGGCAUUGCUGCAGAUUGUUUACCUGGCCAAGUUCUACUGGUGGGAAGCUGGAUAUCUCUCUACCAUAGACAUUAUGGUGGAUAGGGCUGGGUUUUAUCUAUGCUGGGGUUGCAUGGUUUACGUACCCGUGCUCUACACGUUGGUUACAUUUUAUCUGGUCACACACCCAGUACAUUUAGGCUUGCCAGUUAGUGCCGUAUUGAUUCUUGCUGGCCUGCUCAGUCUCUAUAUCAAUUAUGAAGCUGACUUACAAAAACAAAAAGUUCGCAAGACAAAUGGAGAGUGUUUGAUUUGGGGACAGAAGCCGGACAUCAUUCGUGCCAAGUAUCAGCUGGAGACUGGUGAAACUAAAGAGAGUAUUCUGUUGGCCUCGGGGUGGUGGGCUGUCUCCAGACACUUCCAUUACGUUCCUGAAAUAAUGCUCGCAUUUUUAUGGUCCUUGCCGGCAAUGUUUGAGAAUCUCCUGCCUUAUACGUACGUUAUUUUUCUCGUCGUCCUUCUAAUACAUCGAAGUUUCCGAGAUGAUGGAAAGUGUUGUCAAAAAUAUGGAACAUUCUGGAGUCAGUAUUGUGAGAAGGUACACUACAGAAUAGUGCCUCAUGUGUUCUAG